UCUAUUAUCCAAUCCUAUCUGUUCUAAUUUUUUCCAUUGUUCCUUCCAUUGCUCCACCCGCUCCCGAGGUGGUACGGAGCCUUCUAACUGACGGAAUUUAGCCUCCCGGAUAGUCAACGUCCAGGUCUGUAGCGAAAAUCAUGAUUGGUGCAUUCCGCGCCCGUGUGCACUAUCUUCUUUUCAAUAAUUGAUCUGGCGCCUUCCGCAGAAUAUCUCUUGGUGCCGGAGUCAUACAGCGUUUCGUUCAUACCGGGAUUACGCUCUGAGAAGUAAUGAUUUAGUAACCGAUCUAUUCAUUAAGGUACGUUGCAACCCUGAUAUGACAGGCAACACCCAAGCACUUUCACUGCAAAAAUGUAUAUAAGGGCUCGACAAGUCGAAGAGCUGGGAAGUCUUUAUCAUUCACCAAAACCUCCUUGCACUAUGCAGUACUCAAAUGUGUACUCCAACAACGGUCAUCAGGUCCAGCAACCACAUGUUUCUGCCCACCAUCAUCGACAAUCCGCUUCGAACUCGAACAACCACACCUCUGGAUAUCCCCCCCAGCAAUCGCAGGUAUUAUCGAGUUACCAACAUAACAGUACUUUGCCCAAUGGAACCAUAGCAGGGAACCACGCAUUGCAACCCCUUCCUUUUUCCAACCACUCGCAACACGGGACACCACCUGCUACGGAAACGCGCAGGCCGUACUAUGCUCCUCCAGCGAAUCAGCCCAAUACUUACUUCCCGUCACAUCAUCACUCAUCCGGGCCAGGUCCUCAGUAUGCGAUAAACUCCCACCCGCAUAUUGACCCCCAGGCUCUCCACGCGCAUCCACAACAGUUCAUCCCGACACCAUCACAGACGUAUCAGGUGUAUUCAAACACUGUGACAUCAAACCCGCGCUCCCGCCCCACCGUCGAACCAUAUUACCAUAUGUCCCCAAAUCCCCAGCACACCACCCAGAGCAGCUCACCCCCUGCUGCGCCACGUUCUGCGCACACCUCUCCCCCCAGCAACCCGGCGCUUCUUGCAGAUCGCUUUCCCUGUGAGCUCUGUGAUAGGUCAUUUACUCGCUCGCACGACAGACGGAGACAUUAUGAAACCGUGCAUGCUACAACACCAGUCCUACACCGAUGCCGUUACUGCGGGAAGGAUUUCAGUCGCGCGCGGACUCACUUAAACGCCACGUUGAUAACGGGUGCGACGAGAUGUUGUCGAAAUAGAUCUAGAAAAUGACUUUUUGGUUAUCUUCUUUCAACAUCCCAUUGUCCUCAUUCUUCAUUUGAGCAUUACCUGCGCUACGUUAACUGUACGCUG